AUGGGGAAGCAGUCGGCCAGGCCUGCGUGCCCUCGGCCCUGGGCGGCCUCGCUGGCCAGCCCCGUCUCCCAGCUCAGUCUGGGUUGGCCUAAGGCCAGGCCGGAACCGGGGCUGGGGACGCCGAGGCCGGCGUGCGCUGACUCCCGGGGUCUGCCGCCGCCCCGUGCGCAGGUGGGGACUGAAUUCACCACCAUCCUGUACAACUUCAUGUGCAACAGCAGCUGCGUGGGGGGCAUGAACCGGAGGCCCAUCCUCAUCAUCAUCACCCUGGAGGCGCGGGACGGACAGGUGCUGGGCCGGCGGUCCUUCGAGGGCCGCAUCUGUGCCUGCCCCGGCCGGGACCGCAAGGCCGACGAGGACCACUACCGGGAGCAGCAGGCCCUGACCGAGAGCGCGGCGAAGAGCGGGGCGGCCAGCAAGCGCGCCUUCAAGCAGAGCCCGCCCCCCGUCCCCGCCCUGGGCACCAACGCGAAGAAGCGGCGGCUCGGGGAUGAGGACGUGUUCUACAUGCACGUGAGCGGCGGCGGGCGGCGGGAGGGCACCCCAAAAGUCUCGCUGCGGCAGACCCGGGUGAAUUUCCUGACAGGCCUGGGGUGUCCCAACUGCAUCGAGUACUUCACCUCCCAGGGGUUACAGAACAUGUACCACCUGCAGAACCUAACGAUGGAGGUAACCGCUGCCCUCCCCAGCGCGGCCACCCCCGUGACACGCUGUGCCCAGCUGGCCGGGCCCGGCCCCCCGCCCCUGCCUGGGCAGGGCUUCAGCCCCCCUCGGGCCCUCUGCAGCCCUGGCCCAUGGAUUCAGCUCAGCCCAGGCUCACUCAGCCCCCCACCCGCCUGGUGA